UUACAGAUUGCGGCUCACUGCGGAGACUCAAUGACGCACGGAUACGCGCAGCCCCAAUAAAUACUUCUUUAUAUGGAGGAUCUAGCUCAGGCUACACCCUGCAGCUUAGAUGUACCUAACGCUUCGUAUCUUUAUAUGGUGAGCAGGACACCAGUUCCCACGGAACAUGGAUAGUGGCUGGUUUAUUGGAAAUCAGAGGAUUCCCCCUUCAGAGGAGGAGGCUUCCAGCUCUUGCAGCAGCGUCUCAAGACCCUGCAUGACUAUCAACCUGACUGAAAUGCUUAGAGCUGACAAACCGAGUGCAGUGAAGAAGCCAAUUCCAAUCCGCCCCCCAAACCCCAGAGUUUCUGCACCCAGGGCGAAAGAGUUCCACUGCAGCCUCUCUUGUGAACCCACGCCUAAACCCAUCAUCCGACAGCGCUCACACUCUCUGCCUUCUGCCACAGAAGAGAAGAAACGAUGUAGAAAUGUUGGCGUACGGUUUGUUGACUCUUUGGGGCUCGACCUGGAGAACAUCAAGCUUUUUGAAUCUGGAGAGGAUCCACUUGUACCACAUCAUGUUGCCUUCAGAUUGUUGAUGGGUGCUGAGUUGGCAGAUGGAAGGCAUCUGGAGAUAUCCCUGCCAUACUUGAAGCCGGUUUUUGCUCAACAACCUGGCGACCAGCAAGGGUUCCUGCACCGCCUCUAUGAGCAGAAAGUGUGCCUGGAGAGAGUCUUGUGUAAUGAACUGGGUGUGAUCGGAAUUGCCCAGGUCCUCAAUUUGGGCUUUGAGAAAGAUCUUAUCGCUCGCUAUUCAUUUACAGAGUGGAAGAGCUGCACAGAAACUCAGGCUACUUGGGUGUCCACCAUCACCAAGACCUGGGAAGGAGGAGGGGAACUCAGUUGUGAUACAUUUCAUUUCCACCUGCCUGUUCCUCCAUUCCUUCAGCCAGGAGCAGUGUUACAGUUUGCCAUUCAAUACAAGGUCUCUGGUGCUGAAUACUGGGACAAUAAUAAUGGAGAGAAUUAUAAGUUAGUUUGCCAUAAUUACAAGCUCACUGUGCCCAAAGAGUGUGAGGAUAGCAUGGUGCACUUCAUUUAGAAUUCUGACUAAAAGUAAAGGAAGUCUGUAUACAGCACUUUAUGAUGGGUCAUCAAGACCUGUUUAAUAUGCAUAAAUAACUGCAUUGUGACAUAUAAUGUUCUUUUUGUUAGACAAACAGGAUUUUGUUUUUAUUAAGUUUGAUUCAAGAUAAACUGUCAACUCAGAAUUAGUCUGAGUGAACACUAAAUACUAAUGCACUUCUACAUUAUGCCAUGAUUUUGGUGCCACUAUUUAACUUUUGUGUUGUCUUUUAUAAAAUUGCAUUCUAUUAUUAGAUUUUCAUGGCUAUUAAAAAAGCACUUUAAUAUGGACAUAUCAAAUGGAAAUGACAUCCACUGAGUGUUGCCUAAUAUUCAUUGGAAAUUAAAUUAAUCCACGUCAGUCCAUGGUUUUCAUCCAGCUGGGUAUCUGACAUAGAAAAUAGUUUUAUACAAUGCAGGAAUUCUUUCUGCAGAACCAUUUUACUCUGUAUUCAGAGUUUGUUUUUCAGUCAAAAGUUGUUAAACCAAAUGCCAUACACAUGCAAUAGAUACAAUCUUAAUGAAUCAUAAAUGU